AUGCGGUGCGUUCGGGGCAUGUCUGGAGAAGAGCUGGCGAGUUUCGCCGCAGAGGACUUCCGUGAUGUUCGCGAGUUGAAGAUCCGAUUACGAAGUCUUCAUGGCUUCCCGCUGUGCCUGCAGCAGCUCCUAUGCGACGGCGACCAGUUGAAGGAUGAUGACCCUGUCGCGUCUGAGCUAAUGCUGGUGCUGCGGACAGCCGUCACAGCGGAGCAACAGCAUAAGGCUGCAGAAGAGCUUGUGUGUUACGCUGCUGAUGGGGGGUUUCUUGAAGUGGCGCGACUUCUGCUGCAAGCAGGCGCUGAUAGGAACUACUGCAGGUACGCCACAGGCUGUGAUAAAAAAAUGCAGUGGGACAACAAUGGCUGCACAGCACUUUCACGGGCCGCCAAUCGCGGCCACGUUGAAUUGGUUCGACUGCUGUUGGAGGCGGGGGCCGAUCCGGACGUGCAGGAUGAAGAUGGCAUGACGGCUCUCAUGCACGCAGUGCAUGAAGGCCACAUCGAGAUUGCACGUCUCCUUGUGGAAGCUGGCGCUGGCAAGGACUUGGUGGAUGAAGAGGAGACGACAGCUUUAAUGGCUGCAGCUGGUGCAGGGCACAUUGAGAUUGCCCGUCUAUUGGUAGAUGCCGGUGCGAACGUGAAUUUAGACGAUGCUUUCGGCACAGCCCUCAUGUGGGCAUCAUCGAAAGGCCAUGCUGAGAUCGUGCAUUUACUGGUUGAUGCCGGCGCUGAUAUUAAUUUCUUAGACUCCAGCGGCAAUUCGGCCCUUUCGCUUGCACGCAAAAAAGGCCAUGGUAGCAUUGCGGCCUUUCUUUCUGAGCAAGGCUGCUGCGAGGGGCCCACCCCAGAAGCUAAGCGAUGCCGUCAAUGA